GCUCGAAGUUCAAAAUAAAAUCAUCAACAAAAACAUUAUACCGAAUAAAUUUUAUAAUAUCAUCCUUAAAAGCUCAAAAUAAUCCUCAAUCUUUCUAUUUCAUAUUAUAAUAACAUACUAAGAGAACAUUCUAGUAAUUGAAUAUCUUAAAGAUGGCUUUGUCAAUGCAAAAACGAAAUAAUGUUCGACUUCCUCCAGAGGUGAAUAGAAUACUUUAUGUUAGAAAUCUACCUUAUAAAAUCACAUCAGAUGAAAUGUAUGACAUAUUUGGAAAGUAUGGAGCGAUCAGACAGAUCCGUGUUGGAAACACUUUAGAAACAAGAGGCACAGCUUAUGUGGUAUAUGAAGACAUCUGGGACGCCAAAAACGCUUGCGAUCAUCUUUCAGGUUUCAACGUUUGUAAUCGAUAUUUGGUCGUCCUCUACUAUCAAGCAACAAAAGCUUUCAAACAGCAAGAUUUAACAGCAAAGCACGAGGAGCUUGAGAAGAUGAAAGCUAAAUACAAUAUAAGUUCUGAUGAUUUAAGAAAAUAAAUAAUUUUAAUUUUAAUGAAA